GGACUGCAAGUGACGUGCUUGCGGUGUAGGCGCGUGAUGUUGAUGACGCAAAUCACAUGCGCCUCGUAAAGGGAAGUAAUGGCGGUGGUUCAAACAAAGCAAGAAAAAGAAAGCGAAGAUUGCUCUUUGCUGCCUUUAGUCCAUGAUAUUAUCAAAUGCAUAGACAAAGAGAGUCAAGACAUCCACCAGGAGCUGAACAAGCUGAGGACCAAGAUCCAGGAGGCUCGGGAGCAGAUCUCCAACAUGCCGGGCAUCGACACCAGCCCCGAGGAGCAACAACAACAGCUCGCUUCGUUAAGGGAUCAGGUGCGCACCAAGAACCAGCUGCUGCAGAAAUACAAGAGCUUAUGCAUGUUCGAAGUGCCCAAAGCAUCUUGAUGUCAAAAUGGACUUCGGACAAUGAGCGCUGAUUAGAAAAACAAGGAUGUUCCCUUCAUCAUCACCAUGGAGAAAGACGACGUGUUUCGUGCCCUGAACAGUGCAGUCGUUCUUGUGUGCUCCGUGACGUUCAUAGAUGUGUGGUGUUUUGACGUGGUCGUUAUUGUUUUUACUCACUGCUCAGUAGUGUAAAUAUAUUAAAAUGAGUUAUUGCCUGAAUCCUCUUUUCUUUAUUUCCUGGUUUAAGACAAACGUGAUUUAGCAUUUUGGAUGGGAUCAAUUGUUUCAUGAUUGUUUAAGCAUAAAACAUUUGGACUCAUGGCUCAAUUCUUAUUUUUAUCUUUAGAUAUAGAUAGAUGGUGACAUCCCAUUUGGGAGUCUCUACUCAGUCUCUACUUACUUGUAGAUAGAUCCAUCUUGCAUAAACCUGUGCUGGAUCCCGAGAGUCUGUCUAUAGCGUUACCAAUCGUGCUCCCUACCUAGCUACAUCUCCAAAUUAGCAGGGUGGCUGAGGAUAUAUCAGGCUAUUCUCCCAGGCAAAUAAGAGAUUAUUAGAAUCCAUCAUUAGUCCUAUGGUUACAUAAGAAAUGUGAUUGGUCAUGCAGUCUGAAGGUUGUGCUUGCCCUAGCUCACCAAAGGUCAAUGUUGCCUAUUAUGUUACCGAAGCAGCUCAGCUCAGCCAAGCCUUCACUGUCCCCUUUGCAGAUUGUGUAGGCGAAGUUUGAGUGAGACUUGGCUUGGGCAUUAGGAACAACUUUUGGAACUGAGCCAUUAUGAUUUAAUAGGUGGCCUUUGCAUAGAUGUCAUCACUGCAUUAUUUAGGUGUAAUAAAGAACCAUCUGUAACAUGAUGCAAGUUGCGAGACGGCAGGAGAAAGUUCAUUGUGUUGAGGCAUUUGUUUUAAAUUAUUAAACAUCAGUAAUAA